AUGGGCCUCAAACUGGGCUCCUCAUGGAGCACGCCUCGAGGCUGGAGGAUGAUUUCCCUCACCCUCUUUGCUCUAACCCUGCUACUCGUGGUGCCCCUCCAUCAGCUGAGCAGCGACUCACCUGGCGUCUACAACCAAGUGUCCAAAUAUCUCAAGCACGAAGGCACCGUCUACGACGUCGAAGACGGCUUCAUCGCAAACCUCAACGAAACCGAGACCGAACAGGCGGUUAACGGAAAGCCGAAUGGAGUCGAGAACGGAUCUACCGGCCAACAACCUGGCGGUGCGCAUGAAGGUCAGGCCAUCGGCGAGGAUGGCAAGGAGGCUCAAAACACCGACGGCAAGCCGGUUGAGGGUCAGCAGGCGCAGGGCGGCGAGAAUGCGACCGGCGACAAUAAGCCCCAAGCUGAGGGCGGCAACAACAACGGCCAGGGUGUAGGUGGCCCAAUUCAGGAGGGUCAGAAGCUCGAGACGAACCAGGGCAACCCGGAAGACAACGAUAACAACGAGGAUGGUGCCGGCGAAGAUGAAGACGAAGUCCAACCUGUCCAACCGCCCAAAUUCAUCGUCCACCCCAACCCCAAGCCUACGACGACGAGCCAUAAGCCCCCCGCUCCAACCCCGGCCAAGGAGAACGAUAAAGAGAAGGAAAAGGAGAACCAUGACAACCACGAGAACAACGAUAACAAGGGCAACGAGGAGAACAAGGACAAGCAAGAGACCCCCAAUCCUGGCGACAAGCCCACGGAACCAGCGGCCGUCGAGUUCCCCUCCAACCCUCCCAACCCGAAUGAUAUCUGCGCCGGAUUCCCCAAUUUGAAUGGCAUCACUCUGGUCAUGAAGACUGGCGCUACUGAGGCUUUCUCGAAGCUCCCCGCCCACCUUUUGACUAGCCUGCAGUGUGUCAAGGACGUGUUGAUUUUCUCUGACUUGGAGCAACAAAUUGGAAGCCAUCACAUCAUUGACGUCCUCGACAAUGUGAAGGAGGAUGUUCAAAAGGGUCGCAAGGAGUUUGACCUCUACAAGGCCCAGAAGAGCUGCCCCAUUCCUCAGAAGUACUGUACUGCCGAUAUGAAGGGCGGCUGGGAUCUCGACAAGUACAAGUUCCUCCAUAUGAUCGAGCGCGCCUGGCAGAUGCGCCCCCAUCAGAGGUGGUACGUGUUUGCUGAAGCCGACAGCUACAUCUUCUGGCCAAACUUGAUCUGGUUCCUGAACAACAAGGUGAACGCGACCGAGACUCCAUAUGUCGGAAGUGUGGCCAUGCUCAAGGGUACACCCUUUGCUCACGGAGGCAGCGGCUAUGUCAUCUAUGGCGACACGGUCAGGAAGAUGGUAGAGAUUCCGGACCUGGCUCACAAGUACGACAUGAUGGCUACCCACGAAUGCUGUGGUGACUACCUCAUGGCGCUCGCUGUCAACGAGACUGGCAAGAAGGUCAGACAGGCUCACCCCAUGUUUAACGGAGAGAAGCCCGUAACUCUGCCCUUUGGAAACAAUCAUUGGUGUGAGCCCCUGAUCACCAUGCACCACAUGGAUCCUGAGGAGGUCAGCUCGGUGUGGCAGUAUGAGAAGACACGAGAGAAGACGGGCCCCAUCCAAAUCAGGGAGAUGUAUGAGACAUUCUUUGCUCCCAACCUCAAGGAUAAGAGGGAAGAGUGGGACAACUUGUCUGACGACACCUGUUUCAUCGGACCCGAACCCGAUGCUCAGGCCAAGGCCACGGACCGACAGAAGGGACGACAGAGGAAGGAGGCCGACAAGACGGCCGUGCAGCGACGUGCUCACCAGUCUGAGGAGUACUGCUCCAAGGUCUGUGAGGCUGAUGGACUCGACAUUAAUGAUGAGGAGUUUACGGGUCUCGAGAACGACGGACUACGCGCCGCCCUCAUCAGGAAGAAAUAUGAGGAGCGCAGGGGCGAGAAAGAUUUCCAUGCUGCCCGCAAAUGCUUCCAGUGGCGCUACCACAAGGGCGUCUGCUGUAUCGCAAAGAGCUUCAAGCAGGGCAAGCCUCACAAGGAGGCCAAACCCGAGGACAAGGCUGUCAGCGGCUGGUUUGUCCAGGGCAUCAACGACUGGAUCACGGCAAAGGGCGAAUGUGAGCCCAAGUGGAAGAUUCCCAGCUAA